AUGGUUUCAGGGGACAUCUAGGUCAAUUGGUGUAACAAAACUUAUUAAGAAAUUGUUCUGCAUCCCACUUUGCUGAGUGGCGUCUGGGGCCUUAAAAGCUAGUAAGCGGCCAUCUAAGAUGCAUCAAUUGAUCUCAAACCACCUAGAGGAAGGGAGAAUGAAGAAUACCAAAGGCACAAGGAAAAUUUUGGCCCAAGAGACAAAAGGGGCCACAUAAACCAGAGACUCCAUCAGCCUGACAGCAGAACUGGAUGGUGCCCACCUACCACCAGUGAACGCCCUGACAGGGAACACAACAGAGAAUCCCUGAUGGAGCAGGAGAAAAGUGGGGUGCAGAACUCAAAUUCUAGUAAAAAGACCAGACUUGUUGGUCUUACUGAGACUGGAGGAACCACAUAAGACAUGGCCCCCAGACUCUCUGUUAACCCAGAAAUGAAACCAUUCUUGAAGGCAGCUCUUUAGGCAAAGAAUAAACUGGACUGUAAGACAUAAAAUGAUAAACGUGAAGAGUGUGCUUCUUAAAGAAGUUCAAGUAGACACAUGAGACUAAAUGAGCAGCUUCUGUCUGGAGGUAAGAUGAGAAGGCAGAAAGGGAAAGGAGUUGGUUGAAUGGACAUAGGAAAUCUGGGGUGGAAAGGAGGCAUGUGGGGUCACAUUAUAGGGUCAGCAACUAGGGUCACAGAACAAUGUGUGUAUAAAUUUUUGAAUGAGAUACUAACUUGAGCUGUAAACUUUCACCUAAAGCACAAUUAAAAAAAACAAACAAAACAAAAAAACGGUGUUCCAUGAAAAAAGUACCUGGUUUAGUUUGCAGCUCAAUUACACAAAUGCUUGUCCUUCAAACAACUAUCAUACUUUGGUUUAAAGGGGAAAUGCUUUAUACAUACUUCCCAUUUUGGUACACAGGAUAUUAAGAUGUGGUCACAGAUCAGGAUUUAAGAAAAUUAAUUGUACUGCUUCAUCUAGGAGAUUGUUAAGUAACUUGCCCUCUGCCCCCCAAUUAUGAGUGCUUAACAGCAAAGAAUACAGUGACUACCAGUACAAUUCAGUGCCACAGCCUUGAUUCUUGCUAAGGUUGCAGCAGACUUACCGUUGCUUUUCACUCUCGGUGCAGGUGUCAACAGAGUGAACAAAACAAGUAACAUCUUAGUAUUGAAGAUAGCUCUGACCUCACAGAUUCUCUCAAGGGGUCUUGAGGACCCUUAGGGAUCUGUGGACCACACUUUGAGAACCUCUGAUGUAUGUCUUUGGGUGUAGAGUAUGAUUAUGUAGACUCAAAGUAAGUUGGGAUUGUUACUUUGCUGGAUGGCAGAGUUUAUAAUAAUAAUUGAAACUUUAAAACAACUAGGAAAAUGGAGCUAAUAAAAUAGAAUGCUAAUUUACAGAUAAGGGGGAAAAAGCAUAUCCAAAUCUGUAACUUAAUAUUUUUAUCUCUAUCCCAGGGACCUUUUUCUUUUGUUGAGUGGUUUGGGAACAUUUUAAAAGUAAUGAAUAGUUGAAAUCAGGAAGAAGGAGGGUGUUGAAAUUGAAGUGCUUUAGAGGAAAAAUGGGUUCAUGAAGUACUCAGCUCAUCCCUCAGGGUCUGCAACAUGCACAGUCGCAUAAUUGUAGAAACGGAUCAAUCUAAAAAAAAUAAUAGCCUUUUACAUAACAAAAUGUAUUAAGAAAACGUUCGGCUUGCCACUUUGGCAAGUGGCAUCUAGGGUCUUAAGAGCUAGCAAGCAGCCAUCUAAGACGCAUCAAUUGGCCUCAACCCACCUGGAGCAAAGGAGAAUGAAGAACGCCAAAGACACAGAAAGGGCCACAAACCAGAGACUACAUCAGCCUGAGACCAGAACUAGAUGGUGCCCAGCUACCACCGAUGACUGCCCUGACAGGGAACACAAGAGAAUCCCUGAUGGAGCAGGAGAACAGUGGGAUGCAGACUUCAAAUUCUCAUAAAAAGACCAGACUUGAUGGCCUUCCUGAGACUGGUGGGACCCCAGAGGUCAGGGCCCCUGGACCCUCUGUUAGCCUGAGAGUGGAAUCAUUCCUGAAGCCAACUCUUCAAACAGGGCUUGGACUGGACUAUAAGAUAGAAAAUGAUACCGGUGAGGAAGGAGCUUCUUGGCUCAAGUAGACAUGUGAGACUACGUGGGCAGCCCGUUUGGAGGAAAACAAAAAAUAUUUCAAGCGUAGUGAACUUGCAAAAAAAGAAGAGGAGGCUUAUUUUGAGAGAUGUGGCUACAAGAUACAGCCAAAAGAGGAGGACCAGAAACCAUUAACUUCAUCGAAUCCAGUAUUAGAACUUGAACUGGCAGAGGAAAAAUUACCCAUGACUCUUUCUAGGCAGGAGGUUAUCAGGAGGUUGAGAGAAAGGGGAGAACCAAUCAGAUUAUUUGGAGAAACUGAUUACGAUGCUUUUCAGCGUUUAAGAAAGAUAGAGAUCCUCACGCCGGAAGUUAACAAGGGAUUGAGGAACGAUCUGAAAGCAGCUUUGGAUAAGAUUGAUCAGCAGUACCUCAAUGAGAUUGUGGGUGGCCAGGAACCUGGAGAGGAGGACACACAGAAUGAUUUGAAAGUACAUGAAGAAAACACCACCAUUGAAGAGUUAGAGGCAUUGGGAGAGUCUUUAGGAAAAGGGGAUGAUCAUAAAGACAUGGACAUCAUUACCAAAUUCCUCAAGUUUCUUCUUGGAGUUUGGGCUAAAGAAUUGAAUGCCAGAGAAGAUUAUGUGAAACGCAGUGUGCAGGGUAAACUGAACAGUGCUACUCAAAAACAGACUGAGUCCUAUCUCAGACCACUUUUCAGAAAGUUACGGAAAAGGAAUCUUCCUGCUGAUAUUAAGGAGUCGAUAACAGAUAUUAUUAAAUUCAUGCUACAGAGAGAAUAUGUAAAGGCUAAUGAUGCUUACCUGCAGAUGGCCAUUGGAAAUGCCCCUUGGCCCAUUGGUGUCACUAUGGUUGGUAUCCAUGCCAGAACUGGUAGGGAAAAGAUUUUUUCCAAGCAUGUUGCACAUGUUUUAAAUGAUGAAACACAGCGGAAAUAUAUUCAGGGAUUGAAGAGGUUAAUGACCAUUUGCCAGAAGCACUUCCCUACAGAUCCAUCAAAAUGCGUGGAGUACAAUGCACUAUGACAUCUGUGCAAUGUGUGUAAAAAGCGAUAAGACGCUUAAAGGAGCAUGGUAUAGACUUUGGGAAUUACCAACAGGAAUAAGGGAAGAAGAAAAAUGGAGUUUCCGGUCUCUGAUUUCUACCUGAUGUAACCCUUGAUCGGUGUUACGAACUCUGUUGGCUCUCAUAUUACAUCUGACCUUAAACUUAUUUUUUGUGUUUUCCUUUCCUUUUAAGUACUCAAAAAAUUAAGUUCUAGAGACAGUUUUCUACACAUUUAAAUUGUGUAAAACACCGAGGGAAUUUAUAAAUGACUUUUUCCUGCUAGACCUUAAAGAGUGGUUAGAUGGUUAAAAAGAAACAUUUAAGGAUGGACUUCAUUAAUUUCUGUAAAAUAUGAUAAUUUGCACAUUGUAUUUUAUGUCAUAUUUAUAGAAAAUAUUUUUAUAGUUUCAAUAAAGGUAAAAUCCUUUAAUAAAAC